AGACUUAAAAACCUGAUACCACGUCAAACUGAUUUCGAUCUGAUGCGGGUUACAUACAGGUUUCAAGAAAAAUAUAAACACAUGAAAGAAGAUCUUGCCAGUGUGCAUUUUGAGAAACUUGAAAGAUUUCAAAAGCCCAAGGAAGAACAAAGAUGUUUUGAUAUUGAAAAGCAACGCUUAAGCAGAAGACGACAAAAUGAAAUAAUGGCCAAAAUCCAAGCAGCUGUCAUACAGAUUCCUAAACCUGCAUCAAAUCGUACUUUGAAAACACUUGAGACCCAAAAAAUGAUGAAAAAGAGAAAAGAAGCAGAGGAUGUGGCCAAUGAAAUCAAGAAGUUUGAAGCAUUAAUAAAAAAGGAUUUCCAAGCAAAAGAAAGUUCAUCCAAGACUUCUUUAGAUACAGCAGGCCAGACAACUACCGAUUUGUUAAACACCUACUCAGAUGAUGACUACAUUAAGAAAAUUCAGAAGCGCCUAGAAGAAGAUGCUUUUGCACGCGAGCAAAGGGAGAAAAGACGGCGGAGAUUAUUAAUGGACCAGUUAAUAGCCCAUGAAGCACAAGAGGAGGCUUAUCGGGAAGAGCAGCUGAUUAACCGACUGAUGCGGCAGUCCCAGCAGGAGCGCAGGAUUGCUGUGCAGCUCAUGCAUGUUCGGCAUGAAAAGGAAGUUUUGUGGCAAAAUAGAAUUUUCAGAGAAAAACAACACGAGGAAAGACGACUUAAAGAUUUCCAGGAUGCUCUUGAUCGAGAAGCGGCUUUGGCAAAACAAGCCAAGAUUGAUUUUGAAGAACAAAUCCUUAGAGAGAGGGAAGUUUAUGAACAGAUUGCUGUGGAAAGAGCUCAAGCUCAUUACCAAAAGCAUUACACAAUAUGUGCAGAAAUUUUGGAUCAGAUACUUGAUUUUUCUACUAAAAUGGCAGAUUAUCGAAUGCUAACAAACAAUAUGAUUCCAUAUAAAUUGAUGCAUGAUUGGAAGGAACUCUUUUUUAAUGGAAAACCUCUAUAUGAACAAGCCUCUAUUAAGCCGCUCCCUCCUAAUCCCUCAACAGAACAACUUAUAGAAUUGGAGAAAAGGGAUUUGCUAGAUAGCAAUGAUUAUAAAGACUAUAAGAACAUGGUUGGAGAAUGGGCCUUACCAGAAGAGAUGGUUAAUAAUUUACCACCCUCCAACAAUCACAUAUUAGGCCAUGUGCUUCACAGGCUAGUUGAAAAAUCUCUUCCUUCUCAAGUUGAAUCAACUGUACCUGAAUUACCUUCAUUUGCUAUUAAUGGAUGCUUAUUGGGUAAAACAUUUAGUGGAAAAACCACCAUUUUAAAGUCUCUACAGAAAGUCUUUCCUAUUCAGAUACUUUCUAUUGACACUCUUGUUCAAGAAGCUAUCCAAGCAUUUCAUGACAAUGAAAAAGUUAGUGAGACCCUACCAAUUCAGAAAAAAAAUGAAGCCAAGGCUCUACCAGUUCCACAAGAGGAGAAUAAAGGAAGCCAGGAUCCACAAAAUGCAUUUUCAGCUGGUCCUGUUUCAGAUAAAGUAUUGCCAGAAACAAAAGGUGAAGAUAUGCUAGAUACUAAUAUUAACAAAACACCACAAGCUGAAAAAGUCAAACCAAGUGAUAGUUUCUUGAAACUCACUGUACGUGCUCAGCUUGGUGCAAAGUCAGAACAGUUGUUGAAGAAAGGAAAGAGCAUUCCUGAUAUGUUGCUAGUUGACAUCAUGGUGAAUGCUAUUAAUGAGAUACCUGUGAAUCAAGGCUGGAUCCUGGAUGGUUUUCCAAUGACUUUAAACCAAGCGCAGCUACUAGAAGAAGCUCUCACAGGCUGCAAUAAGAAAUCCAUAGAGGUAGAGAGAAAGAAAGCACAAAAAUUCACAUUGGCUGCAGAUAUUGCAACUUCCAAAGAAGUACCUCUUCCCUCUUCUGCAUUUGAUUUUGUCAUAUUAUUAGACAUUUCAGAUACUUCCUCCCUGAGUCGGAUGAAUGAUAUCAUGGCUCAAGAAUUUUCAUGUGAAAUUGCUCAUGAGCAUAUUGAUCAACGUGUAGCUGCUGGAAACCAUGAUAAGGAUACGGAUCAGAAUUUAAGAGACCAGAUACAACACAGGAUUGUAGGUUUCUUGGACAACUGGCCUUCAUUGGAGCAAUGGUUUUCAGAACCAGAAAACAUUUUAAUAAAAAUCAAUGCUGAAAUAGAUAAAGAGUUUUUAUACCGAAAAGUAAAAGACAUUUUUGCAGCUGAAAUAAUGAAAAAAAAGAACAAAGUUGAAACAAAAUUAGAAGAAAAUGAAGCUGAGAAAAAAGCAGCAGCUUCCCUGGCUGAGCUUCCACCUCCUACUCCUCCUCCCCCUCCUCCUCCUGAACCAGAAAAAGAGAAGGAAAUUCAUCCUCAGCGUGAACCUUCAAAACCUCCUAUUGCAAAAAGAAAAUCACAAUCAGAAAUCCAGCAUGGUAAGCGAGAAUCUCUUCAGGAAGGAAAAGGGAAGAAGAGUGAAACUGCACUCAAAAGAAAAGGUUCUCCAAAAGGAAAAUCACCAGGAGGAAAAGUACCAGGAAAGAAGUCACCUGCUGGCUCUUCAGAUGUAUCACCUACUCCAGUACAACCACAGCCACCUAAGCCAGGAUUGGAAGAAUGGAACUAUGUGAAUGAACCAAUUCCUGAGGAAAUAUCUUCAUUUUUAGUACCUUACUGGGAACUAAUAGAAAGUUCCUAUACAAACACCAUCAAAACAGUACUCAGGCCUCUGAGAGAAUACCAGUAUUCUAUGCUUGUUCAUUUAUAUGACAUUAGAAUAAAUUUCCAGGAGUUUCUAAGGCGUCCAGAUCACAAACAAGAUUUUGUCACUCAGUGGCAGAUGGAUUUCAACUCUCUGCCUGAUGACCUAUGGGAUGAUGAGGAAACAAAGGCUGAACUACACCAAAGACUGAAUGAUCUGAGAGACCGCCUGUGGGAUAUUUGUGAUGCCCGGAAGGAAGAGGCGGAGCAGGAGCGGCUUGAUAUCAUUAAUGAAAGCUGGUUACAGGACUUUCUUGGGAUAAUAAUCAACCAUUUCUUUUCCCUGAUGCAGGCAGAAGUGAACCGUUUUCAAGAUACAAAGAGACUCCUUCAAGAUUAUUACAGGGGACUGGAAGGCAAAAUCCCAACAGAAGACAAUAAGAAAUUUACUCGAAUCCCAUUGGCCCAAAUGGAUAGUAAAGACAUUUCAGAAAACCAACUUAGAAUUCCUCUAGUUCCUCGAAUAUCCAUUUCUCCAGAAACAGCUACACCCAAACCAAAAACAAAAGCAAUACUGAAAGGCAAGAUUGAUUACUCAUUAGAAAACAUAGAGUCAAACUUUGAGGCAGAUGAGAAGUUGAUCCUGGACACCUGGCAGCAGGCUUCUUUAGCAAUCUCUCACAUGGUGGCUGCUGAAAUUCAUCAGAGACUCAUGGAAGAAGAAAAAGAAAACCAGCCAGCAGACUCAAAAGAAAAAUCUCCUCAGAUGGGUGCAAAUAAAAAAGUAAAAAAGGAACCACCCAAUAAAAAAACAGCAAACAAAAAACCCAAAGGUAAAUCACCACCCACAGCAAAAACCUCUCCUGUGAUAGUAACAGAGGAGGAAAUCGCUGAAAUUGAAAAGAAAAACGAACUGAAGCUCAAAAUAAAAGAAGAACACCUUGCUGCCCUGCAAUUUGAAGAGAGAGCCGCUCAGUUUCGACUUGAACUGAUAAAGACAAAAGCAUCAGCUCUCCUUGAAGAUUUAGUAACAAAGGUGGUUGAUGUAUAUAAACUAAUGGAAAAAUGGCUUGGGAAGAGUUAUUUGAAUGAAAUGGCCAGUAUAGAAAAAUUAACUGAGAUUGCUCGCUAUCACAUUGAAACAUCUACAAAAAUUCAGAAUGAACUUUACUUAAACCAAGAAGAGUUCUUCAUUAACGGUGAUAUAAAAGUCUUCCCAGAUCCUCCCCCACCAAUACGUCCUCCACCUGUAGAAAAGGAAGAAGAUGGCACCUUGACUAUUGAGCAGCUUGACAAUCUUCGAGAUCAGUUCUUAGAUAUGGCACCUAAAGAAAUUCUUCGUUGCCAGAAAAGUUCAGUUGAGGAGCUUGACUUGAACAAUGAUCAAAUUCGCCUUAAGGAAGCUGGUGUGAAGGAAAGGAAAGUGGUCUCCGAAGAUGAGGAAGGACUGAAGGAAAAUGAUUCACCGAAUAUCAAGAUAAAGCAGGAUCAAAUUUGCCUUAAGGAAGCUGGUGUGAAGGAAAGAGAAGUGGGCUCUGAAGAUGAGGAAGGACUGAAGGAAAAUGAUUUACCAAAUAUCCAGAUAAAGCAGUCUGCAGACAUAGAGAACAGUUUUGAACAUCCAAACCGCAAAUGCUCGAAGUCCAAAAACUGUAUUCCAGAAGAAAUGAAGAGCACGGAAGACAAUGGUGACCUAUUGAUCUCUUUGGAUGCAGUAAAGGGAGUGAAAUUCAAAAUGCUGAAAAUGAGAGUCAGCAGUCUCAAUAAAAAUCUGUGGACAAAUAAAAGAUGGUGGACGA